GAGAGCACCUGUCAACAAAUAUGGCGCUGUCCAGCAUAGAAAAUAUUUUUGCGCAAGCCAGAGAUACAUCUCAAGAAGAUAUAGACAGAAUAUGCAGUGGUAUUUUAGAGAAUUUAUAUGAUCCUGAGAAGUCAGCAGAAUGUAUGAACCAGCUCAGAAAACUAUAUCUUAUCAUUCAUGCAUCUUCAAUACAACCAUGUUUGACAAGUAAUCUGGUAGGAACUAUGGUAAAUAUGGUGGAAGCCAUGGACCCUGGAAAAACCAAAGAAUGUCUACUGUGUCAAAAAAUUCUGACAGAAAUACUACCUUGUGAUGAGAAAGAUUUAGGGAUGGAAACAGGAAUAAAAAAUAAUCCAAAAGAGGCUGCCAACUGUUCACUGAUAUAUUUAAUUCAGGGGGACAAAGAAAAGUGUUGGACAAGUUUAUUACCAAAAGUUGAGAAAUGGCUGUCAUCACAGAAUAUAGAAUUUGAUGUGCAGAGUAAAUUGUUGUCAUUCCUAAUAGCUAUAUCUCUAGAGCAUCAAUCAAUGUUACAGAAAGGACAAAUUGAGAGUGUGAAUGCCUAUGUCUGUGAUGUUUUGGUGAAAGCUAGUUUAAAACAAGCACCAAAUCCAUACACCAUUAAUCCAUUUAAAAAAGAACAAACCAUGGUUACAGAGGUAGAUGGAACACCUAGUAGAAACAUAUUCACAGUAUUAAAUAUAGGCCAGUAUUACACAGAGGAUCAGAUGAUGAACAUUUUCUGUUUUUCAACUCUAUAUAAAUGGAUUUACAAUUGCUCUAAAGAAGAAGAAGGGAGAGAGACGGUCAAGUCAAUAUUUCAUAAUCUGGUUGGAAAAACUAUUGAUUACUGUUUUAGAAUAUUAGACCAAUGUGAAAGAAAACCAAAGAUUCCAUCUGAUGUUGAACUUCAGAAUAGUUGUUUGCUAGAAACUAUAAAUCUAUUAGAUUUGGUAUGUAAAAUAGAUGAAGGACAGGUAGCCAGAGUAUACCAGGAGAUACGUAGACAACAUAAUAGGUUGUCCCAGGACCUCAGUAAAACAAGGCUAAUGAUACCUGUCUUACAGUUUUUCCUGAACCAUAGUAGGACAGUAGCACAUGACCCACAUGAUGUAUUCAAACAGUAUUUUCACAAAUCGUUAUCCUGGGGUUUCACAGACACAGCUAUAGCCUUUGAGACUGUAAUGUUUAUCUUGGAUAACCUGGAAACAUUGUGUGAAGAUAGUACCAUACUUAGUAAUCAUUUUCCUAAUAUAUUCAAGAUUUUAGCAUGGAAUCCAAGGUCAUUUGUAUCAGAGUUUUGUGAAAUAUUACCAGCUUUGAUGUCCCCUACAUCUUCAGUAGAGAUAUUCCACAUCCUAUUAGACUUACCCUGUAUAACUAUCUGUCUGGAUGUGAUAGAGAAAUGUAAUACUGAAGAUGUUGCUACGGUACCAGAGACAGAACCUAAUAGUUCUAUGGAAGCAUACCAACAUCCAUUCUAUAGACCCAUGUUUCUAUUCUUUACCAGAAGUGAAGGAGGUCAGGGUGAUACUAUCAACAGAUUAGCAGCAUUUCACAAGAUAUUAGAAGAUUAUUGUCGUCAUCCACGUGUUGUUGUCUGUUCUCAGGUUGUCCCAGCACUAUUAAGGAUUUGGUUUGAGGUUAUUUUAGAAGAAGCCUCUACAGAUUUUGUAUCACAUUUAUUACCAGUCCUAAUCGAGAGAUGUGGAUUGUUGUACAAUAUACCAGAGUUCAAGGCAGAUGUCAAAAGAUUAAUUUCCCAGUAUUUUGUAAAGUUGUUGAAGAAACAUCCUACAAUACUCCUUGAUCAACAAUCAGACAUCUUAGAUUUCCUCAUGACACCAGCUAAUAUUACCAAUAGAGAGGACUUCUUUGCUAAUAUGGUAUGGGGUGUUGGUGAAUAUUGUUCUACAACAAAUGAUGAACGAUGUACUACAGAGAAUAUUAGGAGAUUCUUUGAAGUUUUAGAAGCUCUGACUUAUGAAUUGUCUGGGAUGAUAGCAUCAACAACGACAUCAUCAGUAUCACAUGCUAAAAUUACAUGUAUGCUGAUGUCUACUUUGGCAAAGCUAUCCACAAGGUGUCAAGAUUUAAUACCAAGAGCCAUUCUGUGUUGUACUAAGGUAGCAAGACAACAGGAACAAGGAUAUUUAGAUACUGAUUCACAAGAAACCAUUAUUAACAGAGCACAAGAGCUGACCAAUAUUCUUAAAGUUCCCAAUUUUGCUGCUACUGCUUUGAACCCAUCCAGUGAUAUAUUCACAGGAAGAUGGCAUCAGGACAGUUCCAGUCUACCUACCAUACUCCGUGGAGUUUACCAAAUUAUCAGUACAGAAUAAUAAGGGUGAACAAUAAAAUAAAGAAAUACAGUUUGACAUACUUAUUUUCAGCUAAGGCUGAACAGUCUAUAAUGUAAAGUAUUGGAUAGUGCAAUAAUUUUAAUGAUUGUUUUAUAUGAAGUGAUUUGUUAUUCUUUAAUUGCAAAAUUUUGUUAUUAAAUAUUGUUAUUAAUAUAUAUUUUUAUACUGUUUUUAUUGUAUUAAAUAAAAUUAACAACAUUU